UUUUGUUAUUUCACCAGGAUACAGCUCAUCAUCUUUGUGGUUAUUAUUGUAAUCUUGCUGGGUCUCAUUGCCGCACUCGCAGUUCUCUUAAUAAAGAAAGACGACGAUUCUACUUCGGACAAGGCAACUUCUCAACCUACAACUGCGCUACCCACAUGUCCAUCUGGCGGGAUAAAACCAUUACCGACCGGGCCCCCGGGGGCCGAUGGCCCUUACCGGCACGCCGUAGUUGCAUCGGACGCCGGUCCUUGCUCGGAGAUAGGCCGGGAUAUUCUGAAGAAAAAUGGGACGGCCGUGGAUUCGGCGAUCGCAGCCUUGUUUUGCAUCGGGGUUUACAACAUGCAUUCCGCAGGGAUCGGCGGUGGAGGGUUUAUGGUUGUGUACAAAAAGAGUACCAAGUUCGUGGAGGUGAUCGACUUUCGCGAAGAAGCGCCGGGAAAAGCCAAUAAAACGAUGUACGUCGGAGGGGCGAUGAGCUCUAGAAAAGGUAAGAUGCAGCUUUAGGUGGCUCAAAACAGUUUCUAGCGCUUUCCAAGACUGUAGAUUUGGAUGGAUCAUUAAUACUCAUCCUCUCCGCUCCUGUGAGAGGAGCAUAAGGCUACACAGCAACAACUUCUAUCCAUCGCGGUCUUUCGCUUCCUACUCUACCUCAUUCCAGCUCGUCCAGCCCAGAUCUUUUCGCUCAGCCUCAACAGAUGAUGGAUCAUUAAAACCGCUCUUUAUAAAUUAAUACUACAAUAUUGGUAACAAAAAACUGUCCAAUCAUUGGUGAACACGUUGGUAUCAUUUUCGUGACUCAAUAAGUUUCGAUAAAAACGGUAGGACCAGCUAAAAACACGUUUAAUUUAAGCUUUAUGUACUUAUAAUUCAAAAAGGGCCCGGUGAAACCCAGUUUUUAUUGUCGAAUUUUCGAAAAUUUAAGGUGGCUCUGAACCCCAUGUACAGAAUUCUUUAAACUUUGCCGAAAGGUGCGUCUUAUCCUGUUCAUCAAAAUUCGACAAUAAAUAUGGGUAGCAUAACAACAUAAAAUAUCCUUUAUUAAGGUGUCAGGUCGUCCUAGCGCCAACGGUGCUAUUUGGGGACACAGAUAAAAUAAAACACUAUUAACAAUUAUUUCAAUAAUCGGUAAAACUUA